GUCACUGUUUUGAGACCCUCUGGCGUCCAUCUUCUUUAUAUUUUAUUCACUUGUCUUUCCUGUCAUGGUGGAUUUAUUAUGAGGUAAAAUAAAAUGGGAAUGUGACACUGAUCAGUGUAAUCAACAUGAAGAAGCCCAUCACUGACAAGGCGGGACAAUGCUGCAAACAGCGAAUCUCGGAGCUACAACUUGACAGCAGGAAGAAGACCGCAUCGGGGACCGGAGCAGGACACCAGACCAUGCAGCCCGUCUCCGUGCAGCCGGUUCAGGUCGGCCAAGCUAUGUCCAUCAACUUCGUGAAUACAAAUGAGUGGAGUUCGGGGGUCUGUGACUGUUGUCAGGACAUGGGCAUAUGCUGCUGCGCCUUCUGGUGUCUGCCAUGUUUCCAGUGUAAGACGGUCAGUGAUUUUGGAGAAUGUCUUUGCCUCCCCCUUCUGGACCCCGGAUGUUUUGGAUACUUCGGAACUACUCUAGCUUGCCCCCCGAUCUCACUGGCCAUGCGAGCUGCUGUCCGGGAACGAUAUCGUAUCAGGGGCGCCAUCUGCGAUGACUGCUGUAUGCUCUACUGCUGCUUCUCCUGCAGCUGGUGCCAGAUGGCUCGCGAGAUCAAGAAGAACAAGCAGCCAAUCACCUUCAUGACAGCCCAGACAACUACUAUGGUGGGGCCAGGAUACCCUCAACCCUACCAAGCAUAUCCUCCUCCAACUUACUAGGCCCAAGUAGUCCAUCCACCAGGAGGAGCACCUUGUUGAGAUCCUGAAGAGACAUCAUGGUGGUGUAGAGAGUGCACAUAGAGAACCCAACCAAUGAAUGUCUAUGGACAGGGAUCAGCAGUCAUGAAGAGCAGCUUCAUCUACUAUUGAGGUCUACCCUCUGAAGAUCUCACCACAGACCACAACCAUGACCCAGAGAUUGGGGUUUCCUCCCCAUAAACAAUUCUUCAUCAAUAAACCAGGUUUUCUCAUAUGGAUCGGAGAUACAGAUCAUUGUGUAGAUACAAAGAUACAGAUCAUCUCCAAACCACCACCAGUCCGGUCACUGGAUUGGAUAAUGGUUUAAUAGAGAAUGUCUCAUGAAGGUCAUUGGCAGAAAGAUAUCAGACCACAUGAUUAGAGAGAAGUCCACCAGACCGAGACCAUACUGGUGCAUCAUAUCUGGCCAUACUAUAGGUCUGAACACCAUCACUCACCUGGACCUCCUGCCGUUCAUCAGAACCGGAGCAUCUAUGGCAUAAAGUAUUGACCCCCCCCCCAGACAUGACAGCCUGGUUUACAAAGUUAGAACACAUGUCCCGUGGCCUGUCAGGAGGAUAACCAAUAAGGGCACCGCACCCUGAGAAAUCCAAAAGCCAAACAAU